AAUAAGACGAUUUAGUGCGGGCAAAAUGGUGAAGGAUACGCAAACUGUCAUCGAGGAGUUUAACGACAUUGUUAACAUGUCGGCUUCGGACCUCGAGACGUGGCUUAAGGAGGAGGCUUCCGAAUCAGCAGGCUGGAGUAAGAGCGACGGUUCAGGGGAGACGAUCGGGCAUGAGAGCGGACGAAAGAUCAUAGAAAUCCUACAGAAGAACCCGCGAAAAGACCCGGAUAAGUACGACGAAGAUGACGUCGACCACAUGCGGCGUGUGGUGGCGUACUGUAAGCGACAUUUGGCGCAGGAGGGAAAAGCAAAACAGGACCCGGAUAGUAAAAGUGCGAGGAGUUUGAAGAAUUGGGGGCACGAUCCUAGUAAGGCGUAA